UCUUUUCUUAACUUGAAGAUACAGAAGGUUGAUUGGCAUCCAGGUUUUUGGCACAUUUUAACCGAUCGAAGCACUAUAAAGAUCCAAAGAGGCAAACGAUAAAUUGGGCUCUCAAAUCAACUCGAACAUACCCGCAGGCUACUUUGUUCGCAGCGUCGACUACUCCGCCUUAUAACGUAAGCCGUAAGGCGUCUGGCAUCAGAUUCCGGAAGGUCACAACGGCCAUGGCUAGCAGCCAACUUGAGAGUAAGCAUGACAAGGACACCUCCGGCCAGAACCCAAAUGAGAAACUUGGGUGUUUGGAAAGGGACGUGAUGUCUCAUUCGUUCGGGGAGGGGUAUGCCACCAGAUCCGAUGAGGAAGGAUAUGGAGGGAUAUAUGGAAGGAACCAGUCUUUUCCACAGGCACACACCGAGCAGGACAAGCAUAUCCAUGAAAAUCACCCUGCUUAUGACAAGACGCAGGGAAGCGAAGUGAAGGAGAAGGAAAAGGCAAGACACCAGACCAGCUCAAAAUCGUAGACGUACAGGAUUUAUUUAUAUAUAUAUAUAUAAAUAAAUAAAUCUUGGUUCCCCAAUGGGUAAUCACGUACGAGAUCAGCUGUUAGAGCUGAUCAUGACUCCCCUAAUUUAUUUUCAUAGUCUUAUGUGGCAACCUUCCUCGGGAAGGUUUUGUUUUUGUUUAAUUUUUUAUUUUUAUUUUCAAUAAGUUAUGGUUUUAUAAUGACCGAAAUAGCUAGGUAGAUGUUAUUUCUUGCUGAGCAAACAUCGUUGAAGAGAUUGCUUGAAUUGGCAGCUAGAACCUGCCUGCUAUGAAGUAUAUAUGGACUUCGAGAACUUUUUAAAUAAAUUUUAUAUUUGAAAGUAUUUUUAUGGGAA